UUGUGCCUCCACUCCGCCGGUCCCUACCCCCUGCGUGAGUGACUGCUCCUCCGCGUGGUGCUGCGCCGCCACGGCCUCCGCCGGCCUGCGCCCCAGCCCCACGCCGCCUGCCUGUGAUUCGCGGACCCUUCCUGGAAGCUGGCCUUCGCACGGUGGGCUCGCGUCUCCUGCCAGGACCCGGCGCGGGCGCGACCUUACCCCGGCCGCUCGGUGCAGCUCCGCAGCCCGCAUCCGGCGGUCACCGGCCAGCGCCUACCGCUUCCCGCCUGGCCACCCUGAUGCGUGUGGAUACUGCACAUGCACUACGAGCGGCAGGGGGCACGGGCACCAGCCGCAGCAAGCCCCGCUUACUGAAAUUUUGAAUACCCGCACCUCAAUUACUGGGCCCUGCACUUGCCAGCCCCCACCGGCGCAUGCGGCGCCGUCCUUCCCUCUCAUGGCCGCGCCCACUUGCCUCCCCACGCCGGCAUGUCCCGCCGCCUGAGCGCCGCCCGCGACCGGUUCUUGGAGCUGGAGCGCGCCAUUGUUGACCGCGUCCGCUCGGGAAACCUUGGCCUAGACGACGCCCUCGAGCUGUUCGAUGAAUUGCUACACCACGCCACGCCAUCCUCGGUGAUCGCCAUCAACAAGCUCCUCACCGCCAUCUCUGGUGCCCGGGGCAGGGGCUCCUCCUCGGAGCUCGUCCCCUCCCUCUUCAACCGGAUGGCCCGUGCUUGCUCCAACAAGGUAGCUCCCAAUCUGCACACCUACAGCAUCCUCAUCAACUGCUUCUGCCGCAUGGGAUGCCUGGAGCUUGGUUUCGCCGCCUUUGGCCUCAUCCUUAAGACAGGCUGGCGGGUGGAUGCCAUAGUCAUCAAUCAGCUUCUCAAAGGUCUCUCUAAUAGAAAGUGCGUGUCUGAGGCCAUGGACAUAUUGCUUCGACGAAUGCCUGAGUUUGGCUGCACGCCAGAUGAAGUUUCAUACAACAUAAUUCUAAAGGGCUUAUGCGAUGAAAAGAGAAUUGAAGAGGCACUUCAGCUGCUAUUUCAUAAAAUGGAUGAUCGGGGGAUUUCACCGACUGUUGUGACUUACACCAUAGUCAUUGAUGGCCUGUGCAAAGUGCAAGCAGUUGACAGGGCUGAGGGUGUCCUUCAACAAAUGAUUCAUAAAGGUGUCAAGCCAGACAAUCACACAUAUAACUGUCUGAUCCAUGGAUAUUGCUCUUCAGGACAAGGGAAAGAGGUGGUUCGAAUGCUCAAAGAAAUGUCCGCACAUGGUAUUCAGCCAAAUGUUGUCACUUGUAAUUUGCUGCUGGGCUAUCAUUGCAAGAAUGGAAGAUGCACAGAGGCUAGAAAGAUUUUUGAUUCUAUGAUUGAAAAGGGCAUAAAACCUGAUGUAACUACAUAUAAUACUCUGCUUCAUGGGUAUGCUAUCAAAGGAGCUCUUUCUGAUAUGCAUCGCCUCUUGGAUUUAAUGGCAGGAAAUGGUAAUUCACCUGACCAUCAUACUUUUAACAUAAUUCUCUUUGCGUAUGCUAAAGGUGGUAUGAUAGAUGAGGCAAUGCAUAUAUUUCAUCAAAUGAGGCAGCAAGGGUUGAGUCCUGAUGUAGUCACCUAUGCAGCAAUAAUAGAUGCACUUUGCAAGUUGGGAAAAGUGUACGAUGCUAUGCUUAAGUUCAAUCAGAUGAUAAAUGAAGGAGUGACUCCUGAUAUUUUUGUUUUUUGCUCACUAGUUUAUGGACUGUGCACUCUUGAUAAAUGGGCAAAGAUUGAUGAAUUAUUUUCUGAAAUGCUGAAUCAAGGGAUCCAUCCCAAUGCAACGUUCUUCAACACAAUAAUGUGUAACCUUUGCAGAGAAGGACGGGUCAUGGAAGCCCAGAGUCUCAUUGACUUGAUGGUGCGUGUAGGUGUGAGACCUAAUGUUAUCUCAUAUAAUUCAUUAAUUGAUGGCUAUUGCUUAGCUGGUAGGAUGAAGGAAGCUAUAGAGUUACUUGAUGAUAUGGUCCGAGUUGGCUUGAAACCAGAUGACUCUUCUUAUAAUACUUUGCUUCAUGGCUAUUCUAGAGCUGGCAGGAUAGAUGAUGCAGUUAGACUAUUUAGAGAAAUGUUAAGCAAUGAAGUUAAGCCUGGAAUUGUCAGUUAUAACACGAUACUUCAUGGUUUAUUUCAGUCUGGGAAGUUUUCUGAAGCAAAAGAACAUUACGUCAAUAUGAUCAAAAGUGGAAUGCAGUUGAGCAUUUACACGUACAACAUAAUUCUGAAUGGUCUUUGCAAAAAUAACUGUGUUGAUGAGGCAUUUAAAAUAUUUCAAAAUCUAUGUUCUAUGGAUUUUCAACUCGACAUCAUUACCUUCAGCAUUAUGAUUGAUGCUUUUUUCAAAAGUGGCAGAAAGGAAGAUGCUAUGGAUAUGUUCGCUACUAUCUCUGCCCAUGGUUUAGUCCCAAAUGUUGUGACCUACAGCUUAAUGAUACAAAAUCUCAUAAAAGAAGGGUUGCUAGAAGAGUCUGACAAUCUGUUUUCAGCAAUGGAAAAGAGUGGAUGCAUUCCAGACUCAUUUAUGCUAAAUUCUCUUGUUAGGAGGCUUUUGCAUAGAGGUGAUAUAAUGAGGGCUGGGGCUUACCUCUCCAAAAUUGAUGAGAUGAACUUCUCACUUGAGGCGGCCACUACUUCCUUGCUAAUAUCAGUUUUCUCGAGGGAGGAAUAUCAGCACCAUGCAAAGUCCCUGCCUGAAAAGUAUCAUUUUCUCAAGGAGAUCAAGAAAUGAGUUUUGUGUUACAUGUAUCAAAUUGUCAGCAGUGCUGAUACAUCUAAAUGGGACAUGUUAAUUUGGUGAAGUGAUUAUUCAUGUCUCAUGCUCCAAUUUACUUGCUUUGUUUUGUCGUCACAUUUUUUUUCUCUAGGAAAUUCCGUUGUGCUGGUGCAGUUAAGUGUUUUAUCUCCUGGUAAAAUUACAUUUUGUGCGGUCCAAGUUAGCUUUAUAGCAGAAUUUGCUUUCAAAUUAACUGGUAGCACUUAAGUCUCUGCAUUUUGUUGAUUAUUUGUGAAGAUACCUGCACUCAUGGUGAUAAAAUAUAUGAUCUGGAGUCUGGACCUCUUGAUCCUUGAGGUGAUUCCUAUAAUUUAAGCUUGUGCAUUUCCCCACUGUUAGCAGUAUAAUAGGUUUUGAUAUGUUUUCCCCUCAUACAAGCUCCAACAACAAGCCCUUGAUUUUUAUGUUCUUCUGAUUGAUGUGCUACAAGAUGUCCCCUGAUGAUUGUUUUCCUAUCAUAGCAUCCACGUUGUGACCUUGGUUGGAUUGUUGGUAAUGAGUGCAACUGUGCAUAAGACAUAUCUUUUCAGUUAUUUGGAAAUGAUUAGAACUUUUCUCUCUCUCUCCCCUCUACAGUCAGCACACUUCUAAUUGUUUUGCUUUCUUUGUGCUGUAACAUUUUUCAAUCAUAAAUGCAAUAUUUGUGCAAGGUUUCUGUAUACAUCAACUGCCCACCACAAGAGGGACGAUGUAUAGCGAGGAGGAUAAUUCCAUGCAAGAUGACUGGUCAAAAUCCUCUUUGUCAAUAUAAUCUCCCACAUUUUAAAUGCUUGGGCAUUAUUCCUUUAAAAAAAUUUAUGGAAAUUGCAGGGAAGAGAAUUUACUUAGAAAUUAUUUUACUAUGUUGACUAACAAUAAAUAAUGUUGGGCUUUCAGUCUUUACCAAAGUCAAGUAAUAUUUCACCAAAUCCUCACUACACCUUGAACAUGAUGACAUGGAAAUCACAAAUUCUGCAUCAUAUAUGCCACCCUGCUCUUGUUUUGGUUUUAAUACUUCCUGACGUGUGUUUUUUAGGUAUUAAAACUGCUUUGAAAGAUGCUAGCAAUUUUAAUGCCCCGAUACCAGUAUCCAGUGAGGAUUUUAUUUCACUGUAGAUGCAAGCAGCAUAGGCAUGUAAUAGAGAAAUCAAUGUUAAAAUGAACAGAGGCUGCAUGGUGGAUUCUUCAUCUCUUGUAACAUUUGCCUCAAAUUACGCGGGUUCACCGGUCUUUGUACACUAUUACCAUGGGGCUCUGGUUUGCUGAACAUAGUGAAAUUCUGUGUUCGCUGCCUCCAAAUUGCUGCAGUAUACUAGUUGAUAUUUCUUUUGUUGCCCAUGCUGAAGCUGUCCUGAAUCAUAAUUCCUGAAGCUGGCAUACUUUUCCUAAUUCUCCAUUUUCAGACUAAUUCCACAACUGAACAUCUGAAAUAAUUCAUAUCAGAGUGUUGCAGUGCCAACCACUGUCCUACCCAUGCUACUUAUUUGGGUUCAGAUACUUAACCAACCAAUGUGCAUUUCCAACACAAUGCAUUUUUUUUGUGAUAAUGUGUUGAACCACUAUCGUUCCGCAAGCUUUUCCUAUAUUGUCAGAAUCCUAUUCAUGGAGAAAGUUUCCUGCUUGGUCAUGAAUAGCUUCAUGACCCUAAAUCUAUGCAUGGUUAUGUUGUCCAUUCCAACUUUGAGUCAUCAUGAAUCACUUGGGAUCAAAUGUAUGCUGCCAUACAAGUACAAAAAAUAUUUUGCCCAACCAGCUGAAAUUGGCCUGAAUCGGGCAUACUUGUGCUGUGCUCCAUUCUCUUUCAGUCUGCACAGCUAUCUCUAGAAAGCUUGUGGAAGAAUGCAUCAGACCAAGAUUCCAAGCCUUUGCACCAGUGGUACAUAUAAAUGGACGUCAUUAUCUGAAUGUCACCACACAAAAUGUGCAACAGAAAGAACACCUCAAGUCCCAAUUUCUGAAGGAACAAUCACUGGGAGGAAAGACGAAUGGAAGGGAAGAGAGUUGCAGCUGCUACUCUAGGCUGCAUGCUCGUCAUGCUGUCCGUUUCAGGCCAGCCACAGGUAGUCGGAUUCACAGGGUUCUGUGAGUGCUUCGGCAGCUGCUACCCUGGCUGCAGGGAGGGCAACCCAGCGUGGCUCUGCACAAUCAAGUGCGUGGAGUCCUGCGCCGUCAACUUACGCGAGGUGCCCGUCGCCGCAUUCGGUGUUGGCGACUGCUCCAAGAUCUGCCUCUCCUCCAUCUGCAGCGCGGCCGAGACAGGGACAACUGAUGCUGGUGCUGCAGCAGCUUGCGUUGAUGAUUGCACCGUGAACUGGAGUUUGUACAAGAACAAGCACACUUGACAGUGACAGGUGAUGACUCGUGAGUUACCAGUGAAUAAUGAGGCAUGAAUUGACUGUUCACAAUUAUGAGCGAUAAUAAUACAAGUAGAUCAUCUACAUUUCUCAAACUUGUAAUUUCAGCGAGACCCAUUUUCAGUCCACAAACUUUCAGAAUUACGGACCCUAUGUUUGUUGGUGCAUUUUGGUAAUAGGAACUUAAUGUUAGCUCUAGGUUCCUGGACAUACUUAUUGGCCAUGGCUACCUGA